UGCAAAUAUUGUGUCGCCGAUUAACUUCCUUCUUUUCAAGAGUUGUUCAGAUAACUUACAUGCCAGUACUGUACAUUUUUCAAAACAGUCGAGCUUCAUCAAAACUCAAUGAGUACUAAAUUUGAACCGUUAGUGCUGUAAGAUCGUUGAAAAUCAAGAUGGUGAAUUUGGAAAUGCCCGAUGAAGGGUGGGCAUGGGUGAUUGCUGGUGCAGGUUGUAUGAUCAAUAUGCUGUUAUCUGGAUUAUCCAGGAUGAUCGGUAUUUUGUAUGUUUAUGUUUUUCAACAGUAUAAUGUAACGAGACAGGAAGCCUCUUUCCCUUUUGCUGUGAGGAAUUCUAUACGAAUGUGCUCAGGUCCAUUGGUUGGUAUCGUAGGUCAAAGUUUUGGCAUACGGACAGUGACAUUCUGUGGAGGAGUAAUCGCAGCACUAGGGGCAGCGCUGUGUUGCAUUGCACCGAAUAUAACCUGGCUGACUGUUUUUUGGGGUGGAAUGCAUGGUGUUGGAUUUGCUUUUGCUAACACACUCUUCCAGGUAGUUGUAAAUCAAUAUUUUGAGAAAUAUAGGGCUACAGCAUCAGGAAUAGCUUUAUCAGGAGCUUGUGUUGGAAGUUUAGGUUUUCCUAUUUUGAUCGAAACUGUGCUAGACACCUAUGGACUUAGUGGAGGUUUUCUCAUUCUUGGCGGCGUCAUUUUGAAUGUUCUACCGCCAGCACUCAUGCUCAAAUCACCAUCAUGGGUGGAAAAUCCUGAAAAAUAUGCCAGACUAUUGGCUCGCAAAAAAGCUGAAGAAGCAGCCAAGCUGAAAGAAUCGGUUGAAACAAUUGAUACAGAUGUUACAAUAAUUUUGGAGCAACAUGAAAUUGAAAACGUUUGUAAUCAAAAGAGGUUGGCCCGCCAGAGGUCUCUGAGUAACAAUCCAGCUGAGGAGCUAGUGUACCCCAUUAACAGCAACCAUCUUGAAGACACUAAAGGAAUUUUCUCACAUCUCAGGGGAAAUGAAAGUUUUCCAAAUUCUGAGGAAGAACAGAGAGUCGUUUGCACUCGAUACAAAAUGAAACAGUGCCACGUUUCUCCCACCCUCGAAGAAGAAGAAGAAGUAGAAAACAAUGGGCAAUUGCACACGAUAUCGGAACAAGUGGCUGAAAAAAAUGGCGACAUACCACCGUCUUCUGAAAGCCAAACCAAAACAAAGGGAAACAGAACAAGUGUCUUGGACACCAUCAAGAUGAUGGGAAGGGUUUACAGCAAUCCAGUUUACAUCCUCAUAAGUGUGUGCAUGUCAACAUACAUAGUUAUUUUCAUUCCAAUUCUGACUGUGCUUGUUGAUUAUGCCAUAGAUAAAGGAAUCGAUGAAAGUUAUGGGAAAUACCUCAUUAACGGACUUGCUCUCGGAGAUUUAGUUGGAAGGCUUGGUUUUGGUUGGGUGACUGAUAGAGGCAUCAUGACCAUUCCCGCUUUCAUGUGUGCAAUGCUUGUGUUACAAGGAGUCUUUAUCGCUCUCUUCCCAAUGGCCAUGUCACUUUAUGCUUUUAUGGCAACUCUUGUGCUUUACGGAGCGGCAGCAGGAAGUAUGUUGGUGCUGUUUCCGGUACUAGUACUCAAGUAUGUGGAUAUUCACAGUCAAUCAGUGGCUUUAGCAAACGUCGGAUUUCUUUCAGGAUUAGUUUCCUUCUGUGUACCACCAAUGAUAGGAUAUUUCAGGGAUUAUGUGGGAUCGUAUGAUGGUAUGUUCUACUUGGUGGGAGGAGUUUCAGUGAUGUCUGGAGGGAUGUGGUUGAUGGAACCCGUGGUCGUCAAGUACUACUACGGUGAAAGCUUUCAGGACGAAUUGAACAACAAAAACUUGUUCCAAAAUAUUGAAAAACGAACAAAGGAAGAGUCCAAGCCAAGACUUGAAGAAUGUGAUAUCUUUGUUUUGUAUAAAUCGCUUAGUAGAGAGUUUAAAUCACUGAGAAUCAAGAUGGUGGAUUUGGAAGUGCCGGACGAAGGAUGGGCGUGGGUAAUUGCUGGUGCGGCUUGCAUAAUCAACAUGUUGUUAUCCGGAUUAUCCAGGAUGAUCGGUAUUUUGUAUGUUUACGUUUUUCAGCAGUAUCAUGUAACGAGGCAGGAAGCGUCCUUACCUUUCUCUGUAAGGAAUUCUAUACGAAUGUUAUCGGGUCCAUUGGUUGGCAUUGUGGGUCAGAGUUAUGGUAUUCGAUCUGUGACAUUUUGCGGAGGAAUAGUGGCAGCAGCAGGAGCAGCACUUUGUUGGACAGCGCCAAAUAUCUUCUGGUUGACAAUUUUUUGGGGUGGAUUGCAUGGUGUUGGAUUUGCCUUUGCUAACACACUCUUCCAGGUAAUUGUAAAUCAAUAUUUUGAGAAAUAUAGGGCUACAGCAUCAGGAAUAGCUUUAUCAGGAGCUUGUGUUGGAAGUUUGGGUUUUCCCAUAUUGAUCGAAACUGUGCUGGAUUCCUAUGGACUUAGUGGAGGUUUUCUCAUUCUUGCCGGCGUCAUUUUGCAUGUUCUGCCACCUGCACUCAUACUGAAAUCACCGUCUUGGGUGGAAAAUCCCGAAAAAUAUGCUAAACUAUUGGCUAGAAAAAAAGCUGAGCAAGCAAACAAACUGAAAGAAUCCGUUGAAACAAUUAAUACAGAUGUUACAGUCAUUCUUGAGCAACAUGAGCUUGGGAGUGUUUACGACCCCAAAAAAUAUGCUCGCCAGAGAUCACUGAGCAAUCCAGUUGAAGAGCUCGUGUACCCCAUUAACAGUAAAGACAUUUUCUACUCAAAAGGAAACGAGAGAUUUUCAAAUUUUGAGGAAGAACAGAAAGUCGUUUGCAUUCGCUACUUAAUGAAACAGACACACGCUCCGCCUAUCUCUGAAGAAGCAGCUGGAAAAAAUGGAACGUUGCACACAACGGACAAAGCCGCUGAAAAAGAUGGCGAGGUUCCACCGUAUAAUGAAAAACAAAUUAAAGAAAAAGGAAAUGAAAACCCGAGCAUCAUGGAGAGUAUUAGGACCAUGGGAAGGGUGUUCAAAAAUCCAGUUUACAUUCUCAUAAAUGUGUGCGCGUCAACUUACACAAUGAUUUUCAUUCCAAUUCUAACUGUGAUUGUGGAUUACGCCAUAGAUAAAGGAAUCGAUGAGAGUUAUGGGAAAUAUCUCAUUAACGGACUCGCUCUUGGAGAUUUAGUUGGUAGACUUGGCUUUGGUUGGGUGACAGACAAAGACCUCAUGACCAUACCCGCUUUCAUGUGUGGGAUGCUGGUGUUACAAGGAGUCUUCAUUGCCCUUUUUCCAAUGGCCAUGUCAAUUUAUACCUUCAUGACGACUCUGGUGCUCUACGGAAUGGCAGCAGGAAGUAUGUUGGUGCUGUUCCCGGUACUAGUGCUCAAGUACGUCGACAACAACAGCCAAGCUGUGGCUUUGGCAAACGAUGGAUUACUCUCUGGAGUGGUUUCAUUCUCUAUACCUCCAAUGAUAGGAUACUUCAGGGAUUAUGUUGGAUCUUAUGAUGGUAUGUUCUACUUGCUAGGUGGAAUAUCAGUGAUAUCUGGAGGGCUGUGGUUGUUGGAACCUAUUGUCGUGAAGUACUAUUAUGGUGAAAGUUUUCAGGAGGAAUUGAACAGUAAAAACUUAUUUCAAAACAUCGAGAAACAAACAAAUGAAGAAUCCAAACCCAGAUGAUUUCAAGUAAACUUCUGUUGUACACUUCUAGAUGGUUGGCACACUUCUGCAUGACAAUUGAAAUACCUCAGCGAAUACAUGCGUAAUAAGGCACGUAAUGUUCUUCCUCAUACA